AUGGACAAAGGCGGAGCGACCGAGAUCCAGCCAUUCGGUGUGUUCGUCCGUCGCCGGAUCCACGCCGCUCAUCGUGACCUCACUCGUAUUCCAAACGCCAUCGAGGCUUUUGCAAGCUACUGGAAGCCUGAAUCCUCUCAGUCGACGGACGUUCAUUCACCACACCCCCAAAGCACUCCAGGUACAUCAUCUGGUAGCCAAAGUCCAACUACCAAAAAGCCCGUAGCUUCUAAAGAACGGUAA